AUGCCAUCAGUAUCCACUGCCAAGACAAAUGCCAACGUAGCUCCUUCAACUUAUGCUACGUCCUUUCCAUACAACUUUUUGACGAUUCCGUCAGUAUCCACAGCCAAGAUAAAUGCCAACGUUAGUUCCGUUAAAAUGUCAUCAUCGAUUACGACAACACAACCACCAAUGACAAGAGAAAAUUCCAUUCUUCUUAUUAUUUUCAAAAUCUCACGAAGCAUCGAUGUAACCACCAACGCAUUUAAAUUAAACCUGGAAAGAAGAUUAUUUGACGUGUACACAAAAGGAAGACUGACUGAAAAACGAAGAAAAAAACGCAAUACCUUUCUCGAUUCACGAGUAACGAUUCGAAGUAUCACAAGAAAAGAAGCGGAAGUAGACGUGAGGUAUGUCGUCAUUGAAAACAAUCGGACAUUGUUGGCAGUGGAUGCAGCAAGACUAAUGAAUUUUUUUACUAAUGAAAAAAUGCGAGAACUACUUGGUUAUGAGGUUAUAACACGUCCUAUACCGGCACCAACAAUUUCUCCCGACAUUCAAUUCGUUUCAAUGUUGGUAAAGACGGAUGCACAGAAAAAUCUUACGCUUGAAUCAGUGAAGAUGGAGUUCGAGAAAAAUUUAGCAAGAUUUUACAAAGUGCUCGUCAAUAUUCCUGAAAGCAAUGUGGUUGAAACCAAGAUAACUCAUCUGUACCACGAUGAAUUUAAUAGAACGUACAUUGAGUUUUCGAUCAGUGUAAACAACAUUCCCGUACAGCGUGAACAGAUCCUGAAAGCUUUUGGCCUUACUCCCGAUCAAUUAUCUUCGGCUUUGUCCCAAAGGGUUUUGGUCCUACCAUAUAUUCCAGAAAAUUUACAGCCUACUGAGAAAGAUAAAAUUGUUCAAAACAUGCAGAUCAACAAUGUCUCAAAUUUAACAACAGUGAAGCAAGAUAUAUCAAAUAAACUUGCAAGGGUGUAUGUCCAAGCGCGUUUAGCUUCGACAAGAAGAAAACGGAGAAAAAGAGCUUUAGGGAGCAUCGAUGCUGUGAUAAUUGAACUCAAAAGACUUCAGGAUUCAACUGUUGACGUCAUUUAUUACAUCACUGAUGCAGGAACCAUUUUGAAUGCGACUUACGCAACUGUAGUUUUGAAGAAUCUCAAUAUUGCUGCGAUGUCAUCCAUAACUGCUCCUUACACUGUGAACUCGAUCCCAGCCCCUCUAAACUCUACGCUCAUCGCUACUGCUUCUAUCGAUGAUGACUAUCCAUCUUGGUUUCUUCCUGUCGUCAUUUCUAGUUGUUUCGUGUUCAUUUUAAUUGUUCUUUUCCUCAUAUUGUGUUGGAGAUGGAAGAAAGGAGCGCCUUCAAAGAAAGUAAUACCAAUAAUUGAAAAUACCGUUCAUGGACAUGAGACAAUACCCAAAAUGAUUUAUGCAAGUGAUCCAAAGCCACAAACUUCCAGUUUACGUCAUCCGCCAUCUUUACGUAUCAACACGUCACUUACAACAGAAAAAAAUGGCGACGAAAACCGUCUACAACUUCGACCAAUCAUCGAAAAGCCCCUUCUUAGAGAGGAUUCUUUACGAAGGAAAGUUGGAAGUCGGGAAAGCAUAAGCACAAGAAGUAAUCCAGUGUUUAAAGAAGAAGUGAGUGAAGUAGAAAGUACAGAUGAAGUGAGCAGUACAGACCGGACGCACUCUUUUACUCAAGAUAAAAAGCUUGAGACUCCACGAAAAACAAUGAACCCUCCGUCCAUCUUGGAGACUGUCGCCUCUGACAGGGAUGGAGAUAGUGAAAGUGACGAAGAAGUCAAAACUUCUGGAAAAAGCAGUAAUUCAAAUAGAAAGGACAAUAAGUACUCUGCAGGAGUCUUCGCGCCUAUUGCGAUCAUGAGUGACACCGGUUCCACGGAAAAGCAGCCCCCGGUUAGAUUUAGAACAAGCGUUCAACCCACGUCCAUUUUGCCUACACUGGACCUAAGACAAACAUCUCUUGUCGGAAGGAUCAUUGAAGAGGAGGACUCCAUUCAGCAAGAGAUAAAAACCAAGGCCGACAUUGAAAGAUGGCGAAACAAACAAAGACAACGUGAGAAGUGGUUAGGAGAAUCUAGAUCUAAAUCAAGAACAAAAAAGAAAAACUUCAUGGGAAAGAAAUCCUGGGGACGAGCUCAACGAGAAAUCGGUGCCGUGCUUGAUCCGUACGGCAUGCAGCCUAUUGUCAGAAAUUCACGUCGCAAGUCACGUCGUAAAUACAACAUGAAAAUGGUCACAACCGAUGACGAAGGUAGCGUCGAACUGCAAGGAUUCAAGAAAUUAUCUGAUGUUGAAGAAAAGUCUACAACUGCUGAGCCCGAAUCUGAUUCUGAUGGUAACAUUAGUAAAGCCAGGGAAAGAUUAAUUACACUCAUUGACGAGGCUUUCACAUCAAUCAAAUCAUCGUCAAAUAAGCACACGUCAGAUGUAAUCGACAAGGUUGAUGGAGAGAAGAAAAAUGAUUUACCAAAUCCAUCAUUAAAUCAACCCUUAGUUGACUUUACUCCUGCACUUACCGAACCACCUCCUUCUCAUGGUCGUGCAUCGGUUUCACCAGCAAGACAUCGAAGACGAUUUAUGAACCCUCAAAGUGUUCAUGAGCCAUACCAUCACGGUAAUAUGGGAGGUGUUUCUCGCUCCAAUCCUCCUCCUCUUCUACCGGUGGCAACAAAAAAUCCCCUCGUUAUAUGGGAUCCUGUUGAUGAGCAAAGGGCGCUUAGCCAAUCAGCAUACAGGCCUAGGUCUGAAAGAAAUCCAUACACAUAUACAGAUGCUUCUGGUCAACUCUAUUUCACGCCUGUACAACAGACUACUGAUGGAAUGGGUGGUCUUAUUUGGUCUCCUUACGCUACUGAAUACGCUAUGGAGAAUUUUUAUAGAGAUAGAGAAAUUCCCACAACAUUUGGUUCAACAACCGCUACUUUAGUGGAUGUGCCAAACGAUGAAGAGCCUGGGACGAAAACAGGUCAAUCUGCGGAACCACUUGUCCAAGCAAUUAAAAAGGAACUUUUUCGUUUAGCUUCUGGAAAAACUCCUGUUAAACACUUGUAGUUUGAAAAUAUUUAGUUAAUUUACACAUUUGUUAUAAGUUAAAUACUUGAAUCAUAGUUGCAUAUGUAAUUUUUGCACUUUAUAUAAGAUUAAUUUUGAAUCAGUUUACAAACGUUCGAUCCUACAAUGAUACUAAAUACUUUCAGCUUAUGAUCGUAGGAUCCAUUGUAAGAAAAAAUACCUUGCAGCCAUAGGCUCAAUUUAAAUUCAAAAUAUAAAACAUAACAAAGCCAUUAGUUAUAGAAAUUUUAAUAAUGAUGAUAUUAUAAAAUUUUGAUGGUCCGAACAAAUUUAUUUGGGGGUAUUGGCAACGUACAUUGCUGAAUGUCAUGAUCGCCAAUGUAUAUGAAAACCAAUAAAUUAUUUGUUAACACAUUUUAAAAAA